AUGCCACUCCACACCCACUCCCACUCAACCAACUCCCGCCAGCUCAAGCCAUACCACAGAAACAGCCUCAACCACAACCACAACAACACCCACUCGCUCAACCACCAGCUCCACCAGGUCGAACUCGGCAUCGUCUCAGGAUCACCACUCAACCCAACCAGCAGCACCAGCCAGCAGCAGCCACCACAAGCGCAAGCACAAGCACACGACAGCCUCCACCAGACUAAAUCCAAGGCUGGCCUGCUCACCAAAUGCGUCGACUGGCUCUUCAGAAACCCAAACAGCAAGAAACAAGCACCCGAAAACCACGCACUACCACAACCACAGCAACCACCAGCUAAAAAACAAACACUACCAUCCGCUGCAUCCUCAACACUCAUCACCAGCAGACAGACCAUCCACCAGCCAUCACUCUUCGCCAACAACUCAACAAACUACAACUCACUGCCCAGCCACAACCACAACAGCAACAACUACCGCCAGCGACCAACCCAAACCCAAACCCAAACACAAACAAGCAAUGACUGGUUCAGAUCUCAAUCCCCAUUCUCCGAACGACGAAGACCCAAUACCUCCCAUGCCACCCUCAACAUCCCCCUCUCAACCAACAGCUCCCUCUCAAACCGGGUCUUUGCCCAACACCAGACCAUCCAUGGCCACCAGUCUCGAAUCCGAUCACUCUCCCCCCUCAGACAGACCAACGCCUACCGAAACACGCUCUCCCCCUCGGCCCAGCUCGCACAGUCCUCAACCUUCUCCAGCCUCGGCCGGCGGCCCUCCCCCAACCGGAUACUGAACUCCACCUUCUUGGACAACAUCCCCAACUCGCCCCGCACAUCCAACGGCGCGAUGCUCAGUCAGAAGAGAGAACACGACCAGAUGAGCAUCAGCCCCGUCCGCGAAAACAGCCCCCCCGAGCGAUCGAGCGUGUUUGGCGACGCCGGAUCUCAGAGCUCCAAGAGACAGAUGUUCUGGGACCCAAAUCUAGGCUUUGUGACCAAAGAACAGAGAGAAAAGAUGAUGCGAGAGGCUGAGUUGAAGCUCAGAGAAAAGGAAGGCAGGCCUCUGCCGACCAACGAAGCAGAAAAAAUCUUGGAGAUCUUGGAGAGCGGUCGAAAUCCGCAUUCGCUUUGGGGUACCAAGCGCUACACAGCAAACCUUCCUAGCAUUCCUGUGCCUACUCCUUCAACGGCCUCAAGUCAACGAACAAGCAUGCUCAAACAUCUCAACCGUCCCAGUGCCCCCGGAACUAGCUUGACUGCAAUCUACGAAGAGCAGGCCUUGCAGUCGAACCAUGGCACGAUCAUCGCUCCCUUCAAUAAAAAGUUGGAAGCCGAGCGAAUCAAGCGUCUCGAGGAGAAAAAAGGCCAGUUACGCGCCGAAUUGAAGAAGCGAAAGUUGUUUGAAGAAAAUUUGCACCAGCGGAACCGACAGAGUGGAGAAGAAGAUCAUCAAGAGCUCAACGGAUCCGCUCCUAUCGAUCUUCCGGCUACUGAUCGGGCGGAGCGCAAGUCUUCCAGAAGAGCCCAGAGGUCCGCUUCGGCCGAGAGUGCUGCCGAACCUGCCAGAGAGCGCGUCAAAUCGAGCCGAAAGAUCGGUAAACUCACCAGUAGUUCGUCCAAGGCAAAAGUCAACCAAGGACGGAAGAGCCGGUCCCAAUCGGUCAAUGAAGAAGAGACCAACGAAUCUACCACCGCGCCUCCAGGUAGAGUGACGAGGAGCGGCAGAUUGCUCUCCAAUAAUGCCCACGAUCAGAGCUCAAAAUCAUCCAAUUCGACAAGGAUUAGUAAAAGUUUGAAGAAUCUCAAGUCGCCUUCUCCAAUUCAAGAGGAACCUGAGGAUCACCAUCAGGAACCUGAUUCUGACAACCAAUCAACCCAGAGAGAUCAGCCCCAAGUCGACCAAAAUUCGAGCUGUCUCCAUCCUACCGUUCGAUCCGCGUCAGUCUCCCUACAGGUUCCGUUAUCGAGCAUGGUCAAGUCCACAUCCAGCUCUUCUCUCCGCCCUGGACGCACAUUCUCGAGCCGGAGGCACAUCAAAGCCAAAGUGUUUUCGGCCCGAGAGGAGGAUCUACCGCCGCUGAAUGACGGGGAGGAUGAGGAGGUAGACGAAGAGAGCGAGAAGUUGAAGAAGAUCAAGCUGCCCAGCACGUUCCUCAGCAGCUUCAAGUUGGAAAAAUUUAAUCCUCCUCCUCCUCCUCCGCCUGUUCAAGUCGAUGUCCAGCCCGAGAAGCCCGACCAGCCAAAACAGAAUCCCGAUUCGGCAGAAGGCUCAUCAUUGUUCAAGAAGAGCGGUACCGAUUUCCCGAAGACGAGCUUGUUCGGCGCGCCACCCACUGCGGCCCCAGUCCCGGCUGACCCCGUGCCCGCCGCCGCCUCGACGACUAGCGCGCCCAGUAUCUCCAGCCAGCAGCCGUCUUUCCUCUCUGCUCCCAAGGAAAGUGGUGAGCCUGUCCAGCAGCAGAAUAAUAAGCCGUCGCCCUUCUUCAGUCUGGCGAAAGACGCGUCGACACCAGUCGCACCCGCGCCCGAUAAACCGGUCUCUUCUCAGCAGCCCCCUGCCUCGUCCUCGGGACACAGCUUCUCACGGAUAUCUAGCGAUGCCCCCCCGCCCAACUUCUUUGGCUCUGUGGCCUCUCAACCUACUGCCGCCCCGGAUUCAAGCGCGUCCAAGACCGCCGAGCAGCCUGCGAAACCAAGUCCAUUCAGCUUCCAGCCCAGUACUACUUCUACUACUACUGCAUCUACUUCUAACUUAUUCAAGCCUGCAUCCGAGUCGAACUCCGUGGCUCAUACCUCUCUCUUCGGCGCUCAACCCACUCAAAAUAAUGAGAGUCUUACCAAACCCAGCGAAUCUAAGUCUCAGCCCUCCCUGUUUAGUUUCGGUACCCAGCCGAGCACUCAGCCGACCUGUUCUAAUGACUCGGUUGAAGCAGCUCCUGCACCUGCACCUGCACCUGCUUCAUCUUCCGUCCCCACGUUUUCCUUCGGGGCUCCAUCGAGCCAAGCUGGCUCCGGGUUCGGCGCGCAAGCUCCUGUCUCAGCGGCUACCAGUGCUCCAAGCCAAAUCGCCCCGGCACCAGCCAGCACUCCCACGUUCAGUUUCGGUGCCCAGCCAACGACGACAACGACAUCAGCACAGCCGGCUAAUAGCCAGCCACCGGCUUCCAAUGGGAUGUUUGAUAUGAUGGAUUCGAGCUCAUCAACCACCGCCCCGAGUAUCUUUGGCAACUCGGCCGCGGCCCCAAGCAACCCGAUGCCGAUCUCGACUGGCUUUAGCUUUGGCAGCAAUCUCAACACUAACAAUGCUGUUUCGGCUGCCACCAAGCCAGCCGAGCUGAACUUCGGCGGGACCUCUUCCUCGACGACGCCUUCUUUCACUUUUGGGGCUUCUACGAACACGAGCAGUGGCACCACUGGCCCGACCCAACAACCGUCGGCGGGCGGCAGUCUCUUCGGCGCACCCGCACCCGCCCCGACCUCGAGCUCCUCCAGUCCAUUCACGUUCGGCGCGCCCAGCACAACCGGCACUGCUAGCGCAUCUGCCUCUCCCUUCGUCUUCGGCGCCGCCAACCCUUCCACUCCCUCGCCUAUUCCCCCUACGCCCGGCGGCUCGACCUUCGGCCUCUCCUCCUCCAACCUCGCUACCCCUACCAACAACUCCUCCACUAAUAUCUUCAACUUCGGCGCUGCUAACGCCACUCAGCAACCGGCCAUCGCUAAUGGGAACAGCACCGCUGGGACGUCAGUCUUUGGAGCCCCGUCUGCUGCUUCUUCCUCUUCGGCUGCGAAUAACGGGGCAGGAGGGAUGUUCGGAAUGAUGUCCAACAACAACAACAACGCGAUGAACCCUGGCUCCGGCGCCACCACGCCCUCGUUCUCGUUCGGCGCCACGACAUCCGGGUUCGGCAAGCCCCCGUCGGCGGCCUCCGCCGAUGUCACGGCGCCGGGCGGCCUGUUCGGCGCCGGCGGCGGGUUCGGAAAGCCCUCGCCGGCCGCGCCUAUCUUUGGCGCCUCCGUGCCGGCCAACGGGGCCGGAGGGAUGGACGGCAAAGGCUCGACGACCGGGAUGUUCGGCCAGCCCGGCUCGACUGGCUUCGGCGCGCCUAGCACUGGAGCCAUGGACAUGAACAACGGCGGGCAGACUAUGUCGAUCUUCGGCGCGCCAUCCACCGGACAACAGCCCUCGUCUUCCGCCGCCGCCUCCAUCUUCGGCGCCCCGUCUGCAUCCGCCCCUUCCUUCAGCUUCUCCAGCCAACCGUCUUCGACACCUGCGCCUCCGUCGACGCCCUUCGGCGCCGCGCCCUCCUCGUCUGCGCCCACACCUGGAGCAGGCGCUCCCGGGGGCCCGACGCCCGGCGGGUUCGUGUUCAACAUGGGCAGCUCCACGGCUAAGCCCUCUGCCCCCGGUGCCACCCCCGGCGCCGGAAUGGGCUCGGCGGCCGGCGGCGCACUCGACGGGACGCCCGUCCGGGUCACUAGGAAGCUGCCGUCUUCUACGCGCAAACCCAGACGUUGA